UUAGGUAUACACUCAACAAAGAAAGGUCCUGCCUUUUUAUACACUUCAUGUAAUGCAAUCAGCUCUUCUCUAGAAUGGCUUCACUUUGCAAAAAGGGAAAAUAUGGGACAGACUCUGUCAGAGGAGGCUAGGCCUCCUUCUAAAGAGGAAAUAACUGCAGAUCUGGCCGAGAAGUUUGCUCGCAGAUGUUUCGAGCCAUUAGAGUUAUACUCGUUCAAGGACAACUUCAAAUCACUUGCCGACCAUGAACAGAAUAUACGAUAUCUUAGCGAGGACACUAUCGCCCGUUUUCUCGAGCUCCCGGACAUUCUCGCCGUGUCGCCCAUCAUAUUUCACAUGUUGGCCUACAUAGGCGCAUUCCCCUUCUUCGAGAAUGCCCCCGUCAUACUCGGCUUCGAGCAGAUGAUCAUGGUAGUAGCUAUCAUGACCAAGCGGUACACCAAGAUCCUAGCCAGAGGUACCAGUGGUAGAAGGAAGCUAUUAUUCAAGAGCUUGGCUGUCUACGAUCGUAAGCUAUCCGAGAUUGAAAGACAGCAACGCCGCCACGAACACACACAAGCGCCAACUUCCGUUACGCACGUGCCCGGCUUUGCUGUUGACAAGGCCGGCAAAGACAUGGACGAUGAUGCGAUGGACGAUGAUGACCUAGUCCUGGCUGCACUGGAGUCUCUAGAUAUCAAUGACGUAUUCAAAACCGGUGACUUGCACGCCGCAACUACCCACGGGGCCAUGAUUCCCGCAGAUAACUUCAAGAAGUUGAUUAUGCUUCUUCUACUAGUCUCACCGCUGGAUGCCUCGGAGAGCCUAUCGAACCAUGCAGAUCGCGUCAAGGGAUCAGAGCUUGAGGAUCUCAGAACCACGGCCGAAAAUAUACUAUCCUCCUUCAUUAACGUAGAGAAAUCCCCUGGAAUUACCUACGCGCAGUUCCACAAGGUACUUCCGUUGAACUUCCCUUUCCUUUUCAAUGGAUUCAAUCCCCUAUUCGAACACUUCCUUUUCUCCAAGAACCUGGACUUUUCUAAGCGCAAUGACGGCCAGUCGAAAGCCAAAGAUCCCACUUUGGUGCGGCCUCCUCUACUGCAAGACAACGCUCAAAUUCUAAACCUGAGCGUCCUUUCCCAGCUAUCUUUUUUCAUUAGCGGAAAUGACUUGUUCCGGCGAUUGCGCUUGUUGUACUCGGGCUCGGAAGCAGGCUUUUCGAUGGGAAGCUUCGAGACUAAAGUUUUCAACUGGCAUGCACCCACCAUCCUCCUAGUGUCCGGGACCAAGCUUUCCGAGUCUCCAGAUAGUGGUGGUUCAGAGGGGGCCUUCAAUCGUUCGCUUCCGCCGAGGAGGUUUCCUAACGGGAGUCCUACACAUCAUGACCGUCUAACUUUCGGCGCACUCGUCAGACAGCCGUGGCGACAUACGCACAAGGAAUGCUUUGGAGGAGAAGGCAUGGUACUGUUCCAACUCGGUCCGAUACAUGACGUCUUUCCGGCCUCGACAUUAAACAGCGAUUAUGUAACCUUUACCAAACCACCGGUAGUUAACCCGGGAAUCAACUUCGGUUGCCCAUUUCCGAGAGCUGGGAAAUCUUCGCGUCACGAUUCACUGCGAAAUCUAGGACCAGUAUCGCUUGUUAUUGACUCUAGCUUCGAGUUUGGCGUAUUCACCCACGACUAUGAAUCACGUGGGGGCGCAUUCGCCACUAGUGUUUCGCGAAAGUACAACUUUCAAGAACGCUUCCAGAUCGACGAGAUGGAAGUCUGGGGGUGUGGCGGCGACGAAGAGGCGAGGGUACAACGAGAGAGGUGGGAAUGGGAAGCUCGCGAGGCGGAAGCUAGAAGACGCAUCAACUUGGGCACAGGUGAUAUUGCCGCGGAUCGAGCGUUACUUGAGAUGGCCGGGUUGGUCGGCACAAAUAGGAGUGGAGGGUCAAUGUCUUGAUGUGCGGAAAUAUUGAGACUAAAUCAUAAUAAUCAGCAUACGCUCAAGUAUAGUUUGAGUGAUGCUUGCCUGCCAUGAAAUAGAAUCCGAUGUAUAGACACGAGUGACCUCGAUGUCUAAAUUUUGAUUUGCAUCGUAUAACAUUAUCGCAUGAGCACUAACAGAUAGUGACCAUUAAUGAUGAUAUGAA